CGAGAGAUUAUCGCCUCUUCCUUUCAAGUGUGAUCAGCGAAAAAGUGUCAUGUGGAUCAAAGUUCAUGAUGCAGGUCCUGCUUAGACAAUUAAAGUCAACAUGGCGGUCGGAUAGUCAGUCAGUCCUAAAGCGUAUUUUUUCGACAUAUCUGAGAAAUAAAUUGAAAGUGAACUAAAAGUUGGUUUAGAGAAGAAAGGUUGAUUACUUCUUGUGUUACAGCAGGCAGUGAUGUACACAAGAUGAGUGAUAAUGAUAGCAAUGAAUCUUCUCCUCUGUUGAAUAAAGUUUCUGAGGAUGAGACUCAGAUUCCUAAAGAAAUUCCACGGAAACAUUUUAAAGGAGAAUCAACAACUUUACGUAAUCCAUAUGUUGUCAACACACAAGUUAUUCCACACAAUGCAUCUCAUGAAGAUCUGAGAAAUCUUGCGCAAUACAAUCGCUACCGUUACUAUUCGAAAAUACAUAACGUGCCUGGAGGGGAAAAGUUGGUUAUUCCAGAUCAUGCCCUGCCUCGAAUUCUGUUUUGGCCAUAUGUGGCUGCUCAACAAAAUAAACAAAAUAGCAUAAUCACAAUAUUUGCCAUAUGGAACACCAUGAUGGGAACAUCAUUACUGAGUUUGCCAUGGGCACUGCAGCAGAGUGGUUUUGCACUUGGGAUAAUUCUCCUUUUUGUGAUGGCGCUCAUAUGUUUCUACACUUGUUAUCUCAUCAUUCAAAGCACAAAAUCAAUUGAAAAGAAAGACUCUAUUGAAUUUGUGGACAUUUGUGAAAUAUACUUGGGUCCUCUUGGAAAAUAUGUCUCCCUGAUCGUUGGAGUUGCUGCAUUUGUUGGUGCAGUUGUUGUGUACUGGGUUCUAAUGUCAAAUUUUCUGUACAAGGUUGGAAAGUUUGCACAUGUUCAUGGCACAGGCACUUCAUCAGGUAGUUCUAAUGAUUCAAAUAUAAUGUUGACUUCAGUACAUCAAGUUCUAUGCAAGUCACUUGACCAACACAUAAACAAAUCUCACCCACAUGUGAUCAGUCCGGGAACAAAAAACUCAUUUUACACAUACUGGGAUCAACAGAAGACUGUUCCUUUUUACCUUGUUGCAUUGCUGUUGCCAUUGUCAUGUUUUAAGUCACCAACCUUCUUUACAAAAUUUAAUUCGUUGGGCACUUUUUCUGUGUUAUAUUUAUUGGUAUUUGUUGUUGUCAAGGCCUCGCAGUGGGGACCGCAUCUACAUUUUAACGUUCCAAAGUACGAAGCACCAUCAGUUUUAUUUAGCAUGAAUUUUCCAGCACUUACUGGCAUACUAGCAUUGGCGUUAUACAUACACAAUGCUAUAAUGUCUAUACUGGCAACCAACGCUAAACCUCAAAAUAAUGUACGAGACGUGGGAGUUGCCUACAUCUUGACAGCUUCUACGUAUUUAUUUGUAGCUGUUGUAUUUUAUGUAUGUUUUCCGCUGGAUAAAGAUUGCAUUGAACAGGUAUUUCUGGACAAUUUUCUUUCCACAGAUAUUAUGACGUUCAUAGCCCAUUGUGGACUGCUUUUUCAAAUGACGACUGUCUUCCCACUUUUAAUGUAUAUUGUAAGAGUGCAAGUUCUGGGAGCCAUCUUUAAUUCAACAACGUACAGUUAUACGAAGAUAAUAAUUCAUAAUAUACCAUUCAUAUCACUCGGAGUAAUGAUGGCUGUUUUGUAUCCUAAUGUUGGUCAUAUAAUUCGGUAUGUUGGUUCAAUUAGUGGAAUGAUAUAUAUCUUCACAUUACCUUCUCUCGUCUUUGUGGCCAUAAACUUUAAAACAAAAGCACAACGACAAAAAAAUCGAUUAAAAACAGGCUUGUAUUUUAUACUGCAUUCCAUUCUUAUAUUACUUGGUGUUUCAAACCUGGUCGCACAAUUUUUUGUAAAGGAGUAAAUUUUCUAUAAUUUUGGAUUUGAAAAUAUUGUAAUAUUUUUUAUAAACUAUAUAAUAUAUAUAUGUAAUAAUAAUAAUUAGGAAACAUUAUUUUUUAUAAUGCACUUCUAAUUUUUUCAUAUUACGUAAAAGCUUUUGUAUUUAGGAAUAUCCCAAGUUAAUCGAGACAAGUAUAUUUUGCCUUGCUUAGUACAUAUAAAUCUCACAUUUUAAUGACCAAAUUUUAAAUUGUA